AUGACAGCACAAAAACAACACGAUAUUUGGAAAUUUUUUCCAUUUAUUGACGAAACGCAGACCACCAGACAAUGUUCCGUUUGUUUAAAAACGUAUUGUGAACCUCUGAAGCAGAGCACUGCAAAAACACAUUUCUUCAUCAAUCACCCUGAAAUCUGGCAACGAGUAAAGUCUCGUCCAAAAAGGAAGGAAAAAGAAAUUAUAUAUAGCGAUGAGACCACCACCACCACCAAUACUAUUCCACCUACGAUCGAAGGACCAUCAUUUUCCGAUUUGAGCAAAAUUGGUGAAAACCAAAAUAUGAUGGUUAUGGAUGAUCCUGAACAGCAAAGUUUGUUCGCAAAAGCCAGGGUAGAAACAGUAUCAAGUGAACUUAUAUUUGAAUACAAUGACAUUAAAAUCAACAUUAAAGGCGGAAGAAGCAGAAUUAAUAUUCUUCAUUAG